AUGAGUAGCAGCGACUCGGAGGGGGGGAAGAUCCCCUUCCUUCUUCGGAGGGACCCGUUCAGGCCGAAGGGGUCCCUUAGGAGGACCCCACCAGGAGAGAAGCGCGCUAACCCGGGAUUGACUGUCGCUGUACCGCCCGAGGCGCUGGAGAGGGCCCAAGCGGCCUUCGACGCAGUCAUUGACGGAACAGCGCCGGGUAUUCCAACAAGGGAGGUGCGCGUGACGCCCGGUGGAACCACGAUGGUUCCGUCCGAAGUACUAGUGCUCGCCCAAGCGGCCUACGACGCGGUCAUCGCCAGGACGUCCCCGGGCAUCCCUGCAUAUCCCCCGACCCCGACAUUCUCUCCCGCACCAGUGCGGAGCCCAAGUCCCCCCCCGGCGCCUACUGAGCGCCAGCGCCCGGCGGCCUCGAAGCGGAUUCUGUCGCCGGAUGUACAGGCGGAGGCGGAUCCAAAGCGCCGCAGCGCCCGCGACCUGUCGGUGGUCUGCGGCUCGUCGAAACUUCUUGCGCCCCCCACGCCAGCGACGGAGUACGGGUCGCCGUUCUCCUCUGGGGAUGACGGCUUCCUCCUAGGGGAUGAAGAGCUGGGCAAGGCAUCUGCGCGGCAGUUGCUCGCCAAGGCGGGUGCGGCAUGCCGGGGUAUAGAGGCGGUUGCGGGUGGGCAGGCGUCCCGCCUGAACAAGGCAGACUUGGCGGCUAUCAAUGCCCAGCUAAGGAUUCUGAUGGAAAUCGUGGGGCACUGCUGCAUCACAGUGGAGGGCCAGAAAACUGCGGCCACCGAAAUGCAGCGCCAGCACAGCAUGCUAGAUGAGGCUCGUGCGCGAGAAGCUGCAAGAGCCUCAAGAGCGGAGGCCGAAGCGGAACGGGCAAGAUCUGAAGCGGCAGCGGCUGGUGCCGCGGGUGGCUCCGUCAACGAGGGCUGGCAGACCGUGAAUUACGCGAGAGCGCUGAAACGGGCCCCUAAGGCACCACCCCUGAACAUUCCCCCCCCACCCGCUGCAACUUUGGCAAUAUACCCGGCUGAAGGCAGCGAACUCAAAUCUGCGGAGGAAACGAAACUGGCACUGAAGAAAUCGGUUGUGCCACGCGAGCUGGGGGCCCAAAUACAGACGUAUAUUUAUCCAUUUAGUAUAUUCACAACACAUUUAUUAUCGUAUUCAUGUAUUAUUGAUAUGACAAGAAUUUUGUUCUUCGGCGACGCCCUCGGCCCCACGGCCUCGGCCGCCGCCAACUACUUCACAAACAUCAAAGUUGGCACAAACAAACUAACAUCUAGUGAGGGAACAAAAAUGUAUACUGACGCCCCAGCGCCCGCAGACGAGAUAUAA